CGUGUGCUCAUCCGGAAGUCGUUACAAACACAAAUGACAUAUAACCUGUUCAUAGUCAGUUCCUUGUGUAAAGUCGUACAGCGAAAACAUGGGGUACGGUCAAACGUUAGCAUGGAGUCUUCUUAUGAUACUUUUAGAUAUGCCAAACAUUGUGCAAAGUCGAUUGUUUGUAUCGUACAGUAGGUCAUCCAGAACGGUGACUAAUAGAAGGAUCACAUACACUCAAACAAACUCACAGUUGAUGUGGAUAUUUGUCGGAUUCUUUUUCGGUGCCAUUAUACUGGUUUUAUUAUGCUUCUUUUGUUACAUUAAAUGCAGACGUAAACCCUCAGCACCAGGAACUACUGGAGCUUCCGUAACAGCCACGGCCGGUCCAAGGUACGAUAUUGACCCUCCUCAAUACUCACAAACAGUGGAACCCGGUCAUCAAAGCCUAAAGCCCCCAGAAGGACCCCUUCCACCACGUUAUAGUGACAUCAUCAAUUCGUCAGGUGACGUCACGUUAUCACAAGGUGCUAUUGACAACCCAGCAUUCACUACAGAUGACGAAACACUUACUGAACAAAACGUGGAAGUAAGAACUGAUUCUUGUAAUAUAGCUGUCUCGGAGAGGCCUUGUGAAAUACGAGAGGACCAAAUGAAAGAAGCGACAAACGAAAAUAACUGUAAGGAGGAUAAAGAUACACCAACACACGACAAAGCCGGGCUGAUUGACAAUGAAGUAGAGCACUCCGACAGCUAGGUCCACAUGUCCCGCAAGUUAUUGUCUGAUGAUAGUGUCUAUUGAUUGUAUUUGAUAUCUUGUAGAAUGUCUUGAUACUAUCCCAUUUCUUUACCAUGUAAAAGUUGCAUGGAAUCGAUUGAAAAUAAAUUAUUACAAAAAUUGAA